AUGAUCGCCGCUCAGGCCAAGCUGGUUUACCAGCUCAAUAAAUACUACACUGAGCGCUGCCAAGCGCGCAAGGCGGCCAUCGCCAAGACCAUCCGAGAGGUCUGUAAGGUGGUCUCGGACGUGCUAAAGGAAGUGGAGGUGCAGGAGCCUCGCUUCAUCAGCUCCCUGAGCGAGAUCGAUGCCCGCUACGAGGGGCUGGAGGUAAUCUCGCCCACAGAAUUCGAGGUGGUGCUCUACCUAAACCAGAUGGGCGUCUUCAACUUCGUGGACGACGGCUCACUGCCCGGCUGCGCAGUGCUCAAACUGAGCGAUGGGCGGAAGCGGAGCAUGUCUCUCUGGGUCGAGUUCAUCACAGCGUCCGGCUACCUCUCGGCGCGCAAGAUCCGCUCACGUUUCCAGACGCUGGUGGCUCAGGCGGUGGACAAGUGCAGCUACCGGGAUGUGGUCAAGAUGAUCGCGGAUACCAGCGAGGUCAAGUUGCGCAUCAGGGAGCGCUACGUGGUGCAAAUCACUCCGGCGUUCAAGUGCACCGGUAUCUGGCCUCGCAGUGCUGCACAGUGGCCUAUGCCCCACAUCCCCUGGCCCGGCCCCAAUCGGGUGGCGGAGGUCAAGGCCGAAGGGUUCAACUUGCUCUCUAAGGAGUGCUACUCGCUGACCGGCAAGCAGAGCUCUGCGGAGAGCGACGCCUGGGUGCUGCAGUUCGGAGAGGCUGAGAACCGCCUGCUGAUGGGCGGCUGCCGAAACAAGUGUCUCUCGGUGCUGAAGACGCUGCGGGACCGCCACCUGGAGCUGCCUGGCCAGCCGCUCAAUAACUACCACAUGAAGACACUGCUGCUGUACGAGUGCGAGAAGCACCCGCGGGAAACGGACUGGGACGAGGCGUGCCUCGGAGAUCGGCUCAACGGCAUCCUGCUGCAGCUCAUCUCCUGCCUGCAGUGCCGCCGCUGCCCUCACUACUUUCUGCCCAACCUCGACCUUUUCCAGGGCAAGCCCCACUCGGCCCUGGAGAGCGCUGCCAAGCAGACCUGGAGGUUGGCCAGGGAAAUUCUCACCAAUCCCAAAAGCCUGGACAAACUAUAG